AUGGAAUGUGAUGGCUCUGACGACGAGACCACAGCUCUUCUUGCUAUUACUAAAGCUGGACAACGCCGAAUUUCGUUCUGUCAGCUCCUGGCAACUCGUCUCCCUGCCGAAUCGCGUUUUAUCAACCAAACAAACGAUGAAGAUGCAACAAGUAACGCUACGGACGAAAAUGAACGCUUCAGAAGCGCACUUGGGAUAUUUUUCCAUGAAAGCAUACCUGAUUCUAUAUUUGACACCAACGACGGCCUUUUUCAAAGAGGCAAAGAGGCCAUUAUACAACACCUCCAUUCUAUCGAUAUCUUGAGCCCUCCAACGCAAUAUGACACCUGUGACUUGGCAAAUAAGUUACUGGACUAUCAGCACUCACUGGUCUGGCCUAACGAAGGUGACCACGGUCGCAUAUUCACGCGAAACGAUAUCACGUUGGAACCAAACCGAACACAAAUGACUACUAAGGAGGCGGCUGGGAUGUUAAAGAUUCUCGCUACUCGUCAGCCCUCGCAAACAUAUCACCACGCCGCGCAGAAACAGCCUACCCAUGAGUCGGCUCAUACUCAACCCUUUGCUAGCAUCAUGACUCCCCAUCCCGACUCUCUCAUCAAUCGCCCGCCAGAAACUGACGUCUCCACGGAUCCCAACUCUUCCACCAGUCUCAUGACACCAGAUGCUUUCCAGACUGCUUGCCAGGCCGGCAUCUCUAUGGACCCCGGCUGUUACACCGGCUUUACUGGGAUGUCUCCGGAUGCUUAUCAGACUAGCUCUCAGGCUGGUGUCUCUAUGGACCCCAACUGUUACACCGGCUUUACUAGGAUGUCUCCGGCUGCUUAUCAGACUGGCUCUCAGGCUGGUGUCUCUAUGGAUCCUAGCUGUUACACCGGCUUUACUGGGAUGUCUCCGGGUGCUUAUCAGACUGGCUCUCAGGCUGGUGUCUCUAUGGACCCCAGUUGUUACACCGGCUUUACUGGGAUGUCUAACUCUCCCGCCGUUCUCAUGCCACAGGCUGCUUUCCAGGCCGGCGUCUCCAUACACCAUAACACUUCUAUUGGUCUCAUGCCGCAGGAGAUGCACCACUCUAGCGAAGGAUAUGCGAACGACUCAGGCGGCAAUGCAGGAUCUGAACCUCUGCGCAAUCGAUGCCACAUUAAUGAACAUCCACAACAGUUUAUUGGUCAUGUUGUACCACCCGGUGGGGGACACGGCUGA